AUGAUGAGCGAAAACACCUGCGAAAUCUGGGACAGAGUUAGCUACAAGCUAGGACACUCGCCGGGGAAAGAAAAUGAAACCGACUCUGGAGUGAACUCGAUGGACUUUCAAGAAAAACUCAAACUUUCGGACGAGGAAGUGAUCGUCACUCCCGAGUCCUGCCAUCUUCCGCCGAUCCCUGCCCCGCGGCGAAUGCCCGAACCGACCUCGCAUGGACUCCACCAUCGACCCUCCCAUCACCGCUCUCUUUCUGUCGACCGACCGAUCGGAUCUGGCAAAGAUGCCAUGUCUCGCCUUCAAAACGCUCGAAACAGAGCUGCCAACAUCCGGGCCAGGUCAAAAGAUCGUCAAAAUUUGGACAGCAUGUCGACCUGCUCUGGCUUUGGCUACGGCGGCGGAGAGCGAGGCAGAUCGCGGCAUCGGCGAAAUUCUGACGCAGCGUCUGAAAUGGCCUCCCUUCCACCAUCUGGCUAUGGUAUGGGCCUCAGCCACCGUCAGCGACAGGGUUCUGUUUCAUCUCUCUUGUCGCACCGCUCGGGGAAAGAUCUGAUCUACGGGCUGGAAGAAUUCGAGGCGCAGAACCGAAUCGACCUUGAUCACGAACGCGCCGAAGCUGCUCGCGAGAAAGAAAGGAUGACGCAAAUAGCUUCGAUGAAAGACAGACCCUGCGCGAUCAAAGACCGCAUCAGAGAAUUGGAAGGGCAGCUCGACGAGACGCUCCAGUCGCUUCGAAUGGAAAAAGCACUUGUCUCCGGCGAACUCCACGAGGAAGAAAACAUGCUUGAAAUUGAACGCGCUCAGUUGGAAAACAACGUUUGUGGAGCAAGAAACAACGAGAUCUCCAAAGAGCUGGAAAUGACUCUGCGCGACCGUAAAAGACGGAUGGACGCUUUGAAAAAUCAACUGGUGGUCCUCGACGCGGAGAUGCGGGAAGAGACGCUCCGGCUGAACGCUGAGCGGGAUGAGCAGAUCAUCGCACUGCAGCGCGAGGAGAAACAGAUGAUUAGCCGAUUCCAGCGGAAGGCGCCGUCGUACUGCACCGGUCCGCGGGUGCGACGUCCCCGCGCGCGCUCCAACAGCGGCAUCUCAUAUGACGGCGGCUCCGUGCUCAGUGUCGACAGCUACGGAAGUACUGCCAACUCGAAUUGGAUCGUUGAGCGCGCGAGCCAACUGGCCCAGGCGCAAGACAGCGAAAAGCACGUGGAAGAAAUGAAAAAGCUCCUAAUGGAAGUGCAGGAAGAAAAAGAACGACUGAUGCGAUCUCUGGCCAGCGCAUCCGAAGAGCCGACUGGAAUGACCUCUCCCGGCUAUCCUCGAGCGAACUCGACGUUUACCAACCACACGAGGUCAAAUUCAGUGGGCAUUUCUCAAAGCGGGCGGAAUCCGUCUGACUCGGUCUUCGAUCAAUCCGUCAUUUCGCCAGUAAAGGACUCGAUGCCCCCAAGCUCGAAUCCGUCAAUUUCUGACAUCGGCGCGUCUGCUUCACAGUACGGAAACGAUCAGGUGACGAUGCGCUCUAGUGUUUCUCCGGAAGGAGAUUCAAGGAGAAAAGAAAAUCGCCCGAUGACCAGAUACGUCGCAAAUACGAGUCCAAAUCUGGAUUUGAGAACUCAUCUGGAAGCUCAAGGCCACAACCCACGAGUGACAGCUUCUCUCGACAUUACUCCCCACGCGAUUCGGGGAAAACUGUCGAAGCUGGCAUCAAGGAAGAAGCGACGACCGUGGAAGCGAUGGAAGAACAGAUGGGUCCUCUUCGAUCGCCGGACACGAUCGCUUCAGUGGUUUAGCAGCGAGAAAGAGAAGAAGCCAAACGGGGUGAUCUUUUUCCCCGAGAUCUCCGACGUUUUCAUCGAUCACAGCAACAAAUUCAAAGCCCCGAAUCGGCGCAUUGGAAUCGUCAUCACCACUUCGAGCAGGCGUCUGGUGCUGGCAGCGAAAUCAUCCGAACUGGCGCGCGUCUGGGUCGACGCCAUCGUCACCGGCUGCGAGGGCAACACCAACGCGCUUUAG